AUGCAGAGUCAUAAAGUCAGCAUCACCACAACACCAUCAGUGAGACACAUCAGCGAUGAAGUGGCAUCCUCCCGGCAGCAGAAACUGGAAUUCCAGCGCCACAUCAUUGAAAAGAAGCAGCGCCGUAAGCGCCAGGAACCUCUUAUGGUGCAGGCCAACAUGGACUCCAAAGUGAAAGGGCGCCACAAGGGGCGCAAGCCGGAAGAACGUGUCCCACUUAUGGAGUCUUGCAGCGAACACAGCCUUUAUAAUGGCAUAAACGGCCCUUUCCUUGUGGAAUCUGUCCCAGAGGCCCACUUCAGCACCCACCCGUGGGACAGCUCUUUGCGAGUGGAUAAGAUACACAACGGUCAAGGUGAAAGCACAGAUUUUUUGGAUGAAGUGGAGCUCGAAGAGGCCAUCUUGGAAGAAACCCAGCCAAUCAGCAAGAAGGAGCUAGAACCCAAGAAGGGCUGGCAGGCCAAGCAGAGAAAAGGUCGCUCCAGUGGACAGACUUCCAGAUCCAAGAAAGAAUUCUUAUCCUCAAUACAGGAGGUACCAUCUGUCAUUAUGGAUGUGGAAGAUUCAAAGGAUAGCCCUCAGAACGAAGGCCCAGAGUCUGCUGACUCCGAGGAUGCUCAUAGUGAACUGGUUAACCCCUGUUCAUUCCGAAGCAACUCUGAAAGUGAGGAAGAGUCAUCCAGGGAACUGGCUGUACCACCCUCUCCCAUUAAGAAGCCCCGGGACAGGAUGCUUGUCCACAGAGGGUCUCUUACCAAUGGGAUGAGGAGCGUGAGUGGGGAUGACGACGAUGACGAUGAAGUGGAAGAUGAAGAUUUCAAGGAGGAGAAUCUGAGCAGGGUCAUGUUUACCCACGAGGAGAUCGGAGUGUCUAAUACUCCGAGUGGGGAAUCGAGCGUCCCGCUGUCCCUCAAGGUGGACGACGUAGAGGCGUUUGUUUUCCAACCGUGUCCUCAGGGGAGCACAAUCCAGUGUCGCAUCACACGGGACCGGAAGGGAAUGGACAAGGGCAUCUUCCCUUUCUACUACCUGCAUCUUGAGAUGGAAAAUGGAAAAAAGCGUUUCCUCAUGUCCGGACGGAAGAGGAAAAAAAGCAAGACGUCUAAUUACCUCAUUUCUCUGGAUCCCAUCGAUCUGUCACGGGGCGGGGAGAGUUUCAUCGGAAAAGUCAGAUCAAAUGUGCUGGGAACCCGGUUCACUGUGUUUGACAACGGGAUGAGCCCAGAGAAGAAACCUUUUGUUCCAGAAUCAGCUGGGCUGCGGCAGGAGCUGGUCGGCAUUUGCUAUGAAACAAACGUCUUGGGCUUCAGGGGCCCGCGGAAGAUGACAAUUAUCAUUCCUGGGAUGACCUUGGACAACGAGAGGAUUUGUAUCCGCCCUAAAAACGAACACGAGACCUUGCUGACUCGGUACGAGAACCGGAACAUGCAGAACCUGAUCAAACUCCACAACAAGAUGCCGGCCUGGAACGAGGAGACCCAGUCGUACAUCCUCAACUUUCACGGACGCGUCACCCAGGCCUCUGUCAAGAACUUCCAAAUCAUUUCAGAGGAUGACCCCAUGUAUAUCGUGCUGCAGUUUGGCCGUGUGGCGCCCGACGUGUUCACCAUGGACUACCGCUACCCACUCUGUGCACUUCAGGCCUUCGCCAUCUGUUUGUCCAGCUUCGAUGGGAAGCUAGCUUGCGAGUAGAGGCCCAACCCAGCCACUGACCUCAGACCCCUGUGGCUUUGCUCUGGAUUGUUUCCUGCUAUCUCAUUUUCAGCGUCACUCACCUUGGACCUUCUGUUCUCUUGUCAAAACACAUCUCCACACAACCUGUUACUUCAAGGCAAUCUUCUCCUUCUCUCCCUGUUACUUCAAGGCAAUCUUCUCCUUCUCUCCCUGUUGCUUCAAGGCAAUCUUCUCCUUCUCUCCCUGUUACUUCAAGGCAAUCUUCUCCUUCUCUCCCUGUUACUUCAAGGCAAUCUUCUCCUUCUCUCCCUGUGACUUCAAGGCAAUCUUCUCCUUCUCUCCCUGUGACUUCAAGGCAAUCUUCUCCUUCUCUCCCAUUUGACAAGAACUUUCUUAUCAAGGCAUCCUCCCAAGCUUCCCUGCCCUGCCCCUCCCCAAUCUUCCUUCCCCCUUCCAUUUGCUUCAGCAACCAGAUUUAUGAUUUGCGUAACUUCACCGUUGAACGUCAUUGCCUUGGUUCAGGCUCCUUGGGCCUCAACUCGGUUCCUCCAAAACUAUCUCAAUGACAACACACCUAUGCAGGAAACAGACCACCUUGCCAGGUAUAGACCACAGCUCCACUAGUGAAGAAACCGCGCAGUCUUCCAGAUUGAUAUAUUCAUAACAAGGGAAGGAGCAGCCGUGCUGAAGGGAAAUGGCAGCCAUUUUGAAAUGACGAAGCCACAUCACCCGCCUCCCCUGCUCUAUAAAAUUGGGUAACAGAUUGGAAAUAAAAUGUACCCAAAGAUCAAACAGG